AUGCCUGUGGUUGAUAACCGCCUGACUGUUGUGGUUGAUAACUCAUCAGUGAAGGGGUCAACAUCUGUAGCUGAUAGCUUGCUGGUUGCUGUAACUGAUAAACCAUCGGCUGUGGUUGUUGAGCUGUUAACCACGGUUGCUGAUAGGCCACCGGCUGUGGAGCCGAUGCAUAAUAUUGAUAACCGCUUGUCUGAGCCGAUGUUUGAUACAUGCUUGGCGGAGGUCGAGGCUAGGGUGGCCGAGCCGAAGUCGCAGGACCGCCAGUUGGAGGCCAGAAGAGUGAAGGCCGAGGAGGCUCUGCGCAAGGAGAAGCGCGAGAUGGAGGCCUGCACCAAGGCCAAUGAGGAGCUGCAGAAGCUCUGGGAGGUGGCUGAGGCGCGGGAGGCCGCCACCGAGGUAGCUGAGUGCUUUUCUGCAGAAGCAGAGGAUGAGGCAGCACAGGGCCGGGUGACACUGGAUCACCUGAGCAGGCCGCUGGAGGCACUACUUGGGACGUUCGAGCCUGAGGGUGUGGCGGCGGCCGAGGGCCUGUCUGAGAGGCUGGAGGCAUCCCGUGGCCGACUGGAGGCCUUCGUUAAGGGAGCUGCCAAGGAUGCCGUGCAGCACACACUGGGGCUGGUGAAGACCCAUCUCCCGGAGGCGGAUCUGGAUCCAGUGGGAGACGGCGUCCUUGAAGACUGCUCCGACGCAGAUUGGGAGGCCAACCACGCCGCUGUCCUGGAGAUCGCCGAGCGCAUCGGUCUCCUCCCCUCCCGUGACAUAGAGAUACAGGAUCCACCCCGCGACGAAGGGGCGGCAACUAUUGAGGUCGGGGCCUUGGAGGUCCCGGCCAUCGAGGCCGAGAAGACCCGGGGCGAGGCCACUGAGGGGGACAAGCCCCCACCAGUGAAGGAGGAGGCCGAGGAUGAGGAGGCAGACGGCAUGGUUCUGGUGGAGCUGUCUGAGCAGGCCGCCCAGGAGCUGGCCGAGGGGAGCACCACCAUUAGUUCGGUGGUGGGGCUCGAGGCCAGGGUGGACGAGCUGGAGGCGCUGUGCCGCAAGCUAGAGGCCGACAAGGUCAAGGCUGAGGAUGCCCUGCGCAAGGAGAAGUGCGAGUUGGAGGCCUGCACCAAGGCCAACGAGGAGCUGCAGAAGCUCCGAGAGGUGGCCGAGGCGCGGGAGGCCGCCACCGAGGAGAAGCUUCGCCUAGAUUGA